UUGAAGAGAGGAAGGAAAUUGGAAAGUGGGUCCGCUGCUUAUCGUCGCUGCCGCUGCUGCAAUAUAAACCACUCUGUUCUCGAACUCUUGGAUUCGAAGCGACUUGUUCGGAGUGGGAGGUGAUUGGUUCCGGCUUUUAAUGCCAAGUGAGAAAUGCAGGUAGUUGGUUGCUGUCAACAACAACAACAGGAGCCCCUCGGCGAGCGGAGGAGAGCUAACAUGCUAACCGCAAACUUUUAAACAAGUUGUCAGAUGCUCGUCUUCUAAAAGUGCCUCCAACUUGAUCUUCUUUUUCGUUACCGACUCCUAAAAGACCAUGGCAUCUGAUGUGAUUGAGAGCGAGUCGCUGAAGGCUGUGAGUGAUCGGAGUUUGAACAAUAGCAGCGUAGAGUUUGUCACACCCGGGCGGAUUCGUGAGGACUCGGGGAACCGACACAGUGCUUCAUCUUCAGGAGUGUCCGGAGAAGGUGACGAUGAGGAGUCGGACGAGUUACACCACAGCACGGCGUCCACUGUCGAAAAUGGCCAAGAGGCUCUCGAGGAGAGUCUGACCAAAACAAGUGGAAGUCCACAGACUUCUGACAAUGAAGUGUUGGGGGCAAGAAGCUCGACCCCAGACCCAGUUCCCUUGUCCUCCUCAAGACCCAUUGGAAGCCUGGAGCGCCAAGAAUCGGUUGCCACUACAGAAGCUCGGCUACGCAUGGAGGGAGUGGAGCUGAAGGAAGAGUGGCAGGAUGAAGAUUUUCCACGACCUUUACCUGAGGAGGAGGAAGAGGAGCUUGAACAGGAGCUGUUCGCCGGAACGUCAGAGGAAUCGGAUCCUGGAUAUGCAGUCAACCAUGGCAAAAGACAGAGGAAGAAACUGGCCGCCCCAGAUAUCAGCCUCACCCUGGACCACAGUGAAGGUUCUAUUUUGUCCGACGAGCUGGAGGAAAGCACUGAGCUGGAUUUGGACGACAUCGACACGCCGUCCGACGACAGCAACGAGUUUGAGUGGGAAGAUGAUCUCCCCAAACCAAAAAGCACGGAACUGUUGCAGAAGGGUGUGGAGACGGUGCAGCAGUACUCCGUCAUGGAGGAGAGGGAUGAGGGCCGGCGCUGGAGGGUCUUCAGGAUCGGAGACCAGGAGCACAGGGUGGACAUGAAGGCCAUCGAGCCCUACAAGAGGGUCAUCAGCCACGGAGGUUACUAUGGCGACGGCCUGAACGCCAUAAUUGUCUUCGCUGUCUGCUUCAUGCCUGAGAGCAACAAGCCAAACUACAGAUACAUCAUGGAGAAUUUAUUCAAGUACGUCAUUGGCACCCUGGAACUGCUGGUGGCCGAAAACUACAUGAUCGUGUAUCUGAAUGGAGCGACGUCCCGGAAGAAGAUGCCCACCGUGGGCUGGCUCAGGAAGUGCUACCAGCAGAUUGACAGGAGGUUAAGAAAGAACUUAAAGUCUUUGAUAAUCGUUCAUCCGUCGUGGUUCAUCCGCACACUUCUGGCUCUCACCAAACCAUUCAUAAGCUCAAAGUUUUCUCAGAAAAUCAAGUACGUCUUCAGUUUGUCUGACCUGGCGGAGUUGGUGCCGAUGGAAUAUGUUUCCAUACCAGAAUGUAUAAAGCAGUUUGACGAGGAUAAAAAUAAGAAAAGCCAUAAGAGAAUCGACCAGGACAUGCACGGCAAAGUGGAGGUGGCGGCGGCCGCGGAUCCGGAGUGACCCGCUGUCACACCACCAGAAAGUCUCAGACCACCAUCGGACCCAUGUCUCAUCAGGAAAAGUGCCUUCGCUGCUUCUGCUGCCGCCGCGACACGCCGUGUUUUAACCCUUUUAUUUCUGCUGUCACACCUGGAUUAGCCGGCCGCAGACGACUGGAGACGCCCUGUUACCAACUGAUGCAUGUUCCGCUUUCUGAAUAUAUAUAUUUAUCUUCGAAGCAUAGGGGAGACAAAGUAAUAUAUUUUUAUGGUUGUUCUGAUUUUAAGGUCUGCGUGGCCUUUCACACACACACACACACCGGACGCGAUCACUGCUGAUUAUUAGAAUCCUGCCGCGGGGAGCUGAAGCCCCCACUUGAAUGUGCCCCCGCUUUGUGGAGGUAUUUGUAACAACGCAAGACUGAAACUAUUAUUUUCUCCAAUUAAAGUUGUAAAUCAAUGCAACGCUCUGUGUCCAUCGGUUUUCACAUGUCACUUGUGUGUCGCCGUCUUUGACAUUUAUACAGGUGUAAUGUCAGUAAUAAACACGUUUACAGCACCAGACAACUGCAAUCUGAGGUUUGGAGUACACAAACCAUAA